UUUACGUAAUUUCCGUUAGUUGUAACACCGCGCCACCGGAGAGCAGCUGAUAAACAACCGCUUCUCGAUAUCGACAUUCCUUUGUUCGUCUUCAGCGUUAGCUAUAAUCUUAGACACGACGAUGGCUGAUAAGAUGAGUAUGUCUCUGGACGACAUUAUUAAGCUCAAUAAGAAAGGAGGAAGCGGCCGCUCAGGAGGAUCGUCCAGGACCGGUGGAAGUUCAGGCCGGGCCGGUGGAUCGUCGAGGCCGAUGCGGAAUCGACAGAAUAACUUCAACCGUGAGAGAAACAACAGAUCCACACCGUAUACCAGGCCCAGAGAGUUACCAGACAAAUGGCAGCAUGACAUGUUCGAGGAGCACACUGGUGGACGCAGAGGUCAAAGUCCAGGAGCAGAAAGAAGUGUAGAAAGUAGUAGUGGCAAGCUGCUGGUUUCCAAUCUGGACUUCGGUGUCUCUGACUCGGAUAUCAAGGAGUUGUUUGCAGAGUUCGGGACAUUACAGAAAGCAUCAGUGCACUACGACCGGUCUGGUCGCAGUAAAGGGACUGCAGAUGUUCACUUUGAGACUAAGGCGGAAGCUCUUAAAGCCAUGAAGCAUUAUAACGGUGUCCCUCUUGAUGGCCGUCCCAUGAAAAUCCAGCAAGUGUCUUCAGAUGUUGACACAGAGAGUAGACCAUCUACCCAGAGUUCAAACAGAGGUUUUGACCGCAGCAGGCUUGGGCAGGCCAAGGUUGAACGGGAUGAAUGGAGUAAAGGUGGCGACCGGGGAGAAAGGAGGCAAGGUGGCGGCAGGGGAGGUUUCAGGGGUCGGGGAAGAGGAGGUGGAAACAGACCCCAACUUUCUGCAGAGGAGCUGGAUGCCCAGUUGGAUGCUUAUAAUGCCAAAAUGGACACCAGUUAGAAGAAAGGAUGCUGCUCCUGUGUUUUUUUUUUUUUUGGUUGAUCGGAUAUGUUGGACUUUAUUACACGUUUUGUUUUUAAGCCAUUUUUUUUAUCGAGAGGACCAUUAUAUUCUGUUUUUAAUAUUUCUCAGUAUUUUUGUAGCCAUGUUUUCUGGGGCAACUUUUGUUUUGAGGAUUUAUUUCCUAGGCCACCAGCCCCUGUGCUCUUUUCUAAAUGUAUAGACAAUUGCUUUAAAGCUGCCACAAGGCUUUUUUUCUUCUUAAAUCAUCAAUGGUUUGACAAAUGGUUUUAAUUUAAUGUGAAAAUGUUAAUGUACAUCAGUUCUAUCAUUUGGUACUGUAUACUUGGCAUAUGGACAUAUUUCAAAGGGUUUUGUACAUAAAUAAUUAUACUGAA